UUGGACUUGGCAGCUCACGCCAACCAGUCGCAGUCAGUCUGCUUUAACAAUGGGCAAGGUGUACUCGCGAUUGAGGGACAGGGUGUUCAAACCCAGGCCUGCCCCUGUCGAGGUGGUGGACGCCCCCAGCGUCCAGCCACGGCCACCCCAAGCCUCUGUGAUCCUCAAGUCGCCCGAAGAUGCUUUUUCCCUCAGAAAAGAGGUGACAGAGAAGCCGUCACUGCAGGUGCUGAGCGUCAACCCUUUGCUGGCUGAGAAUGGCAAGCCGCACCACACGGCCGAGUUCGACCUGAUGGAGAGGGUGCAGGCGCCGCGGCUCGUCGUGCGCAGGGGCCAGCCCUUCGUGCUACAGCUGGCCCUCAACAGGGGCCUCAAACCCGAGCAGGACGCUGUCUCCUUCAUUUUCACCCUCCAAGGCUUGAAAAAGCGCAAAGUUCGCGUGCGAGAUUAUUCAUCGGAGAGCGAGCAGGGCGCUUCUUGCUUCCGUUAUUGCCGCGAGCCAAAAUACGUUUGGGUGGAGAAGCCGACGCACGGACACAACACCCUGGUUGCCAUCCCUCUGCUCGCACAAGGCACCAAACCGCAGUCGGCAAACGUGUGGGCGGCUGCUAUCGAUAAGAACAUGCCUGAUGCCAAAGCCGUCAGGGUUCUUGUGACACCGGCGGCUGACUGCAUUGUCGGCCAGUGGAAGGUGGAUAUUGACACAAAAAAGCAGGCAGAUGAAGGUGGCGCCGUGAGUUUCACCCUGCCUGACCCAAUCAUUAUACUUUUCAACGCGUGGUGCAAAGAUGACACCGUGUACAUUGCAGACGAGCAUGCAAGGAACGAGUACGUCCUGAACGACACGGGCAUUAUCUGGCGCGGCAGCUACAACCGCCUGCGCCCCUCGGUCUGGCACUACGCUCAAUUCGAGGCUGAUAUGCUGGAGUGCUCCCUUCACUUGGUGGCCGUUGUGGGAAAAAUGGGCCCUGCCUCCAGGGGUGACCCUAUUCGCACCGCCAGGGCGAUAUCGGCCGCGGUCAACUCGCCAGACGACAACGGCGCCGUCAUGGGCAACUGGUCCGACGACCACGGUGGCGGAACGCCGCCGACCAAAUGGCUCGGCUCCAGUCAAAUCCUCAAGAAGUACUGGAAGGACAAGAAACCGGUCAAAUACGGGCAGUGCUGGGUCUUUGCCGGCGUUCUCACAACAAUUGCCAGAGCUGUAGGCAUCCCGUGUCGCCCUGUGACGAAUUACUCUUCUGCCCACGACACCCAAAGUUCCCUGACUGUUGACUACUUCGUCAAUGAAAAAGCGGAAAUAAUGGAAGAAAUGAAUAGCGACUCAAUCUGGAAUUUCCACGUUUGGAACGAGGUGUGGAUGCAGCGUCCAGACUUGGGCCCCGAGUACGACGGUUGGCAGGUGGUGGACGCGACGCCGCAGGAGCAGAGCGAGGACGUGUACCGCUGCGGCCCGGCGUCCGUGGCCGCCGUCAAGAAGGGAGAGGUGCGAAAGCCGUUCGAUGGCGCCUUUGUCUUCGCAGAGGUCAACGCCGACAAAGUCUUCUGGCGCUACAACGGACCCACGCAGCCACUCAAAUUGCUCCGCAAGGACAUGAAAGGAAUCGGCCGUUUUAUCAGCACAAAAGCAAUUGGGAGCACCUUCAGAGACGAUAUUACCGAGUUUUACAAGUACCCUGAAGAAAGCACGGAAGAGCGCGCCGCGAUGUUAACAGCCCUGAAGCAGAGCGCCUCGAUGUUCAGCAGGUACUAUCUGAACGAGGACUUCAACGACAUGCACUUCGACUUUGAACUGCGCGAUGACAUCAAGAUCGGAGAGCCCUACAGUGUGGUUGUCGUGAUGAAAAACCGAAGUCGCACCCAGAACCACACGGUGACCGUCACCCUCAGAGUGGACACGGUCAACUACACCGGGCGCAUCAAAGAAGGCGUGAAGAAGGAAACUACUGACAGGCUCGUGAAAGCCGGGACUGUGGAGGAAAUUCGAAUGGACGUGUCCUACGAUGAAUACGCUAGCAGUCUUGUGGACCAGGCGAGUUUCAAUAUCGCUUGCAUGGCUGCUGUGAAGGACACGCAAUACGAGUACUUUGCACAAGACGACUUCAGAGUCAGAAAGCCGGAUAUUAAAUUUAAGAUCGAAGGCGAUGUGGUUGAAGGAAAAGAGUGCAAAGCGACAGUGUCUCUGACCAACCCCAUGCCGAUUCCUCUAAAAAAAGGUGUUUUCUCUGUGGAAGGGCCAGGAAUAACAAAAACACUCAAGCUGAGACUGCCUGGUGAUUUGGCACCGCAGGCUGUCGGAAGCGUUGGCUUCACUUUCACACCGAUAUUCGCUGGCAAGAAAACUUUGUCGGGCAAGUUUUCGUCUGAUGAGUUGGAUGACGUUGACGGAUACUUGGAGUUCAUGGUCAAAGAAGUCAACGUGCCGACAGCAACAAACGGGGAUGCUCCGUUGGCCUCAUCCGAAAUGUGAUUUUUUUCACGAUUUUUAAUUAUACAGGAUUAUUAUACAUGCUUUUUUAUUUAAUGACACACAAUGUGGUGCGUCGCAAUUGUUACUUUUAUAUGUGAAUUUUACCUUUGUUAAAUCGCCUGCAACGCAUUUAAAAAUAUUUUUAAAAUGUUUCACAAAGUAUCUUAUGUAUAGCAGUGUUUUUUAAACUUGUUUGAUCUGGCUUCGUUAGAACUGUCUUAAUCAUAUUUGAAAAAGAGUCAACUUGUAUGUGCUUAUACCCAAUGUUUUCCCCAAGCUUAAAAUUAAAUGCUGUUUAUAACGCAACAUAUGAAAUUCCACUUUCUCUUCAAAUCUUAUUAUAUAUAUAUAUUUAACUAAUUUUGUCCUGUUUAAAACGCAAGAAAAUAUAAAAUACGUUUUUAAACUUGCAACAAUUGUUUAUUCUUAACUUGAAAAACAACAACUCAGCACUCUUGAGGAGAAGCUUAAAUUUGCUUUGAUGCAACUUUGAAGUUCAGCAAGCGCUUCAGUGAAAAGUUAAAAACAACUUUUCAACCUGCUGAAGGAAAAUCACAUUUUCAUAAUACUUUUUUGGUCUUCAUUGAAGUUAAUUUGUGUGCUUGUCUUGUAAGCGAUCGACAGAUUUUAAAA